UCCGCCUCUCGUGGCCGUCGCUUCAUAGUUUGUUUUGUUUUGUUUUGUUUUGUUUUUUUCAGCAUCUCUUGACAUCCGUUUAGAAAAAGAAAUCCCCCACCCCUCCCCAUCCGAAAGUUUCGUAUCUUGCCGGAUGACGUUGAAUGUUCCAGUCAUUUUAUAGUUUUGUUUGAAAGAAAAAAAUUCGUUUUCAACUCAGUGCAAAAGUUUUCUGACCAUAAAAGAGGAAAGGGAAAGAUAAAGAAAAAAAGUGCGUCUUUUUUAAAAGUGGACAUGAAGAAAAUGAGGCCGGCGGAUUGCAGCGCGGAUGAAUGCAGCAGUGACGAUGAGAUCAGUGUCGGAUGUCCGUCGCCCCAGCAGGUCGGCGACAGUCGACUGGAGGAAGACAUGGAAGAAUCUUUACAGGCAGCAUCCGAGGACACUCUUGGGCUGACUAGUCAACACGCAAUCCGGCCGGAUGUGGAGAACGACGUGGCUAAGAAUAACGCCUCCGCUGGUGGAGUCAGAUCCUUUUCCAUUCUGGAUAUCCUCAAUCAUCGGCCGGCCCAGCAACAGCAACAACAGCGGACGUCUAGGGCGGAAGGGCUGGAAUCAUCGGCUCUUUGCUCGGCUGCUAAAAUCCGGCGGAAGAAUUCCAGCAACGUGUCGGAAACGACGUCAACGGCCGCUGUGGUGGAUGCAGCGCAUCAUCUUCACCCUUCCGGCCUGCAGCAGAGCGAUGCGGAUUCACCGACGAAGAUCAUGCGUCCGUGGGACUAUCCGCAUUUGAGCCUUCCGGCGCAUUUUCAGGCCGCCGCAGCGGCGGCGGCGGCUGCUGGAUUCUUGAACCCCAAUCGGUGCCUGCCGUACGCCGCUCAUCCGUCGUCUUCACCUUUCCUUCCGGCUCCUGCGCAUCACAAUCCUUUCGGCUUGACAUCGCAUCCGGCUGCCGCUUUAGGCUUCCAUCCGCACCAGCACCAUGCCAACUUCCAUCAUCACCUGCAUCAGCGUGGCGCUGCCGGAUCGUCUUUCGUCGGCGGGAUCCUGUCGGUUGGUGGCAGCAGCAGCGGCCACCUCUCGCCCUCCAGCUCUUCCGCCUCUCCGGAUUACAUCAGCGCCGGCGGAUCGAGCGAUUGCGAAGCGGACGAUGUCUGCUCCACCAGCGGCAACAGCGCCACGUCCGGCGGCAGCCCGCUGCUCCAGCAGAGGCAGAAAACGCUCCUCAAUUCCGGAUCGCUAGUCGUCAACAGCAACAAUUGCGGCAGUGCCGGAAGCGUCCGCAAAUCGACCUCUUCCAGCGCCAAAAAAUCCUCAGACUCGGCCAAACCUUCAGCCACGUCGGCCAAUACGUCGGCCGGAGGCACUCCGCUCGACGCUCUCUUCCAGAUGACCUCCAAGACGUUUGACGGAUCAUCGGCCAACGGAGCUGAUUCAUCUGGAAGUCAAAAUGGGAGUGGUCACGGCGGAGGAGGUGGCGGAGGAGGUGGCGGUGGAGGAGGUGGCGGAGGGGCCCUGUUCAGUCCUCGACAACAAGCCAAAAAGAAGCGCAAGUCCAGAACGGCUUUCACCAAUCACCAGAUUUUCGAAUUAGAAAAAAGAUUCCUCUAUCAAAAGUACCUGUCACCUGCCGAUCGCGAUGAGAUUGCAUUGACACUGGGAUUGACCAACGCCCAGGUGAUUACCUGGUUCCAAAAUCGACGAGCCAAACUCAAACGAGACAUGGAAGAAUUGAAAAAGGAUGUCGAAUCUGCUAAAAUCCUGGGCAGUCAUCAUCACCACCAUCAUCAUCAACAUCAUCACAAGGCAUUUAUCGGUGCGCACAUGGAUUUGAAUAUGUUGCAGAAGAAGGCCGAUGAAUACAAUCAAGCCAUUGCGGCAGCCAGCGAUUGAAACACCGCCAUUAAAAUCGUGAAUUUUCGUGAGGAAAAUAUUUAAAAAAAAAAUUAAAAGCAAUUUAUUUGUUGUUGUGUUGUUGUUUAUUCGACAACAGAAACAAAAAUCGUUCCUCUAUUCCUACAUAUAUUUACUUCUGGCCUAUUUUCUAAGAAAAAAUUAAACUGAUACAUCACAACAAGAAAAAAAA